AUGACCGCCUCAACCGACUCCCCGAGAGGUACUCUUCACUACGAGGUCAACCCUCGCCAAAACCACAACCACAAUCACAACCAAGACAAUACCAACGACACACCUGAAAACCAACCAACCAAAAUCCCCUUGCGAAUCGCCAUCCUCCUCAACUCCUACCGCUCCCCACACAUCUCCUCCAUCCGCGACUCCUACACACGCUGCUUCGCCUCCUUAACGCAAUCCCCGACCUGCCGCUUCCAGCCUGCUUUAUCCUUUUUCUACCCAGCCGACAACUUUUACUGCUGUCCCCAGGAAUUCCUGCCUGAUCCGGCGGAAUUUGACCUGAUUGUUAUCGGAGGAGGAAAUGCUGAUCCGAGGAAAAGACAUGCGUGGAUAUUGAGGGUGCAUGAAUUUGUACGGCAGACGAGAAAGGAAUGGCCAAAGAAGAAGAUGGUGGGGGUUUGUUGGGGACAUCAGACGCUGGGGCUGGUGAUGGGAGGAGGGGAGGUGGGGGAGAUGAGGUUGCCUGAGCUAGGAGUAACAGACUCGAAACUCACCCCCGCCGGGUUACGAUUUUUCAAUGACCGAGGGCCACCAUCAACAGCAGGAGGAAAAGCAGAGGAAAAGAAGAGCUCGCUAAGACUUCAUCAACACCAUCGUCGACAGCUUGUUUCUACACCACCUAAUUUUUACCAACUACUCGCCAACAAUGAAUGUCUCCUCUCACACGAUAACAGCGUCUUGACGUUUCAAGGACAUCCGGAGAAGGACGCAAAGGCGGCCAAGCUAAAGAUUAGAGAUGCGGCGAGAUGGUGGGGUUGGGAUUUGAAUGAUCCCAAAGCGAUGGAAGAGGUGAAGGGGUUGAUGGAGAGGGAACAUGAUGGGAAUUGGGUGUGGGAGAGGGUGUUGGAAUGGGUUUGGGAGGGUCUGAGGGAAGAAGGGGAGGGAGACAAGGGAAAUGAGUUGGAGUGGAAGUUGUGAUUUAUGAUCAUGGCGGCUGGUGUGCUGGUCGCAUCAGUCGCGAGCUAUUGUUUUGAUGAUGGGUAUGCAUUUGUGCACUACGGGCGUCAAUCAUUGGGAGGGGAUACCAAGUUGUUGUAGUUACCCUGUUGUUUGGGUGAAAGCGCUAGAUAAGGAAUGGGGGAAUUGAAUUGGAGUCAUGUCAUCGG